AUGGCGGCCGCAGUCUCUGAAGAGCAAGCUACCGACUUGAGCAAGCAAUAUGACACCCCACUCGGCCUUGCUCACUCAACUAUGCAAGUCCUCAAAGACAGGAUCAAACUACAUUAUGACCUUGCUAGUGACUACUACCUGAGUUUAUGGGGCGAGCAUAUCCAUCAUGGAUACUGGCCAACAGCGGAAUCUGAAGUUACACAGACAAAAGAGGAAGCGCAGGCAAACCUCAUUCAGUUGCUUCUCGACAUGUCAAAAAUCCCCUCCAGAGGCUCGGUUUUAGACGUUGGAUGUGGUAUCGGUGGCACUUCUCGCUAUCUCGCAUCCAAGCAUGGUAGCUCUGUUACUGGAAUUACCAUCUCCACAAAACAAGUUGAGAUAGCGGACCGCUUGACCAAGGCCGCUGUGGAAGAUGGGGCUUCACGUUUCGAUGUAUCAGAAGAUCAUGGCUUCACUAAGCUCGGUGACGGGAAAGUUAAGUUCCUCGAGCUUGAUGCCGAAAAAAUGGGCGAUUUCUUCAGUAAUCAACAAGGCUCAUUCGACGCGGUAUGGAUAAGUGAGGCUCUCAGUCAUUUCCCGAACAAAGCGCUAUUCUUUGAGAACGUGAUAAAAGUCCUCAAGCCUGGAGGGAAGCUUGUAUUGGCCGAUUGGUUCAAGGCCGAGGGCUUGGACGACACAACAUUCACCAACGAUAUCAAGCCCAUUGAAGAUGGUAUGCUCCUCCCACCCCUCUGUACCCAGCAGGGUUACCUUGAUUUGGCAAAGCAGGCUGGGCUUCAAGUAUUCGCCGAGCCGAAAGAUAUCAGUCAACAGGUUCGAAAGACAUGGGAUAUCACCUGGUCUCUCGUACAGAACCCAUCUUUAUGGGCAUUCGCAUUCACUCAAGGUCGUGACGGUAUUGCCUUCUUACAGUCAUUUCGCGCAAUGAGACGGGGAUACGCCAAUGGGUCCUUCCGCUAUAGUGUGAUGACGUUCCAAAAAGAAAUGGCGUAA